UUAUUAUUAAAUUUGUUUGAAAAUAUCUUAUUUAUGUAGUUGCGAAAUAUCUUUAUUUGAGCAUAACAUUAAUGAAAGUCGAACAAAAUGAAGAAUUCAAACAAGUUAAAAGACCUUCAAAUGACAAUAGCUCGGAUGCCUCUUCAACAAUGCUGUGUGACUGUACUGCCCGAGUUCGGUGUGAAAUGGAGGGAGGUAUUUCGCGCGGUCAGAUUGGCCAGACUGCCGAUGACAGCGGCCAGUGUAGCCAGAGUACUGACCAGACACAUUGCCAAGUCUCUAGAGGCUCAUGAGUUAAACGAUAUAUUGGCAAGACUAAAGUUGAAACUGGUAGUGUCACAAAAUCGAAUGUGGCAUGUUGUUAACAUGUCCGAGCAGCACACCGCUGGGCCGAUCACGGAAUUAAUAGAGACUCUACCUGAGGUCAUUGAGAAUAAUUUAAAGAAAGGAAAGCAUCGGUUCACUAGGCCGGAGGUGCAAACAAAUUUGAUAGGUGAUCUGUUGUAUAUUAGUGUACAGCUGGUGUCAGACACUAAGGAAGGGAGCACGUUGUAUGUCGCGACACCGCCUGGGGAAAGUGUCGCUCUCUUCAGUACACUUUCGAUGUCUGCACAGAUAAAAGCCUGUGUCGAUGCUCUAGGUUACAGGAAGUAUGAAGACGCGAAACUCCACGGCAAAGACAUACCAUCGUUGCUGCGCAUCAAUGAUCGCGCGUGGAACGGAAUGGCGCAGAACCUGGCCUCGGUGCCGGAUUACGCGCCAAAACCGAUCCUAACCUAUAACGGGAUCGAUUACACGAACAGAACUUAUGACGCGGAGUACAUUGAGAAUAUUUUGGGGCCCGUUCCUCCGUUACUGACGGAUCUGACCAUCAAAACGUCGAAGCCCUUCUUCGAUGCGAGCAUGCUCAGUAAAAAUAUUAAUAUGAAGAUAACGUUGAAGAGUGAGAAUGUCGCGGAAACUUUAAAGAGUUGGGUGGUAAAGGGAGCUUUGGCUCCAACUUCGGAGUUCUUUCACAUAUUCCACAACAUAAAAUCGAAUAAUAUUAGUCGUAACAUUGACGAUACAGAUUAGUUUAGUGCGUGUUUUUUAACGUUCUCGAUAGCGUAAA